UUGCUGAUUACGGAAGCGGCAGUUUAAAACAGAGAUGGUCUUUGCCUGCCGGGAGAAAAGCUUGGCAGGCUGAGAAGCCACCUAACCCCAGCCGAUGCGGGACGCGGGCACCCCGAAAUUCACGUUGACGUGGAGUUUGUCAAGCUGUUCUUUCGGCUCACUGUGCCUUCAGCCUCUACAGCCACCCGAGCUGCACCAAACCCAGAGGAAAAAGUGUCACACACCAGGCCACGGUAGAAUCUUCUGGUCUUUCCCCGAGAUCCUCUUUUGUGCGCAGUCAAUCGAUUGCAUCGGUAGCGACAACCGCCAACACACCACCACACUCACUUGCCAAUCCGCCGAAACACCAUCGUCGAUAUCGCACCCUAGGAACCAUGUUCGGCAUCAAUUGGCGGGGCCUCCUGCUCCCGCUGGCCUACCUGGCCGUCUUGGCUGGCACAUUUGUCACAUUCUCAACAGUCUACCGGAGGAGGAAAGCUCUCCAAAGCGCCAACCUUGCGCCAUGGUUCGGCCCGCAUCUCCAACGCAACAUCUACCUCUCUCUUCUGCACAUGGAACCUGAGGAGGGCUCAGAGAAGGCACCUAGGAUCCCAGAUAGCGUCAUCAGAGCUGCGCUUUUGCGCCGCGCCGUGGAGGAUAUCAACCGCAUCAUCCAAAUUAGAACAGCGAAAGCGGCCUGCAGCUCUCUCCUGCAGCGCGGAAGUGUGGGCGAUGACUUGUGGCAAAGGUUCCAGCGCGCCGAGAAGGAGAUGGAGGACGAGCUUCGUGAUGUGGUGAUGGAGGCCAAUGCUCUUGUACCAGGAUGGGGCCAAAUCAUCUUCCAGUCCGCCAACGAAAUUGCCGCCAACAAGGUCCUCCGCGACAGACUCGACGAGAUCGAGGCCCAAGCCGACAAGGAGAAGGAAUGGUGGGAGAAGCGCCGUGCCACCAUUCAGACCGAGUUCAUGAAGGAGCUGGACACUGAGUCGGAAAAGUCCAACACCAGACCCAGCACUAGCAGUGCUGAUGAGCCUGUGCUCGUAGACGGACCCUCGACCCCGCAAGGGGGCCCCAGAAAGAGGAAAGGCAAGAAAUAGGAAGCUGGCCAACCCAAGAGGGGCAAGGCGAGGAGGUAGUCGUGAGCAGGUGUGGCUUGGACAAGGGGAAUGGCCCGGGUGUUUUUCCAUUUUUUUUCUUGACAAGAGACCAGUUCAUCUUGAGAUUUUUGACACCACUGUACAGUAAAAGGGGUCGUGGCUGGGGGUUCAGGUUACCUACCUGGGUUAGGUUCAGUUGACGGCAAGCAUCUUUUUGCAUGGCGUUACGGGUUGGAACAUGCAAUUCAUUGGGUCGGUUCAUAUAUCUCAGUCCUGAUUGGAUUCUUGGUUGACUCAGCGCUCUGUGGCAGAAGUAAUGGCAGGAUAUACCGCACCGAGUAUUAUAUCACGUCGCAGUUCAUGUUCACACUUCAUCCUCUCAUCUCGCGUC